UAGAGCUGCGUCUGUCACAGUCAGAGACAGGAGCCCACACCGUCUGCUGUCCAUUUGUCUACGUUUUAAAGGCACUAAGGAGGAAUGAAGAGCCAGAACAACAACAAAAACACCGCAGCGUCUCGCCUCGCUUGACUCCAGCGACCACGAUCUGAUUUUAAACGGGAUAUUUCACUGUCAGUGUGCCUGAAUGGAGCAGCAGCAGCAGCAGCAGCAGCGGCGGGGUCUCCGUGGCUUCACUAACUCUGCAGCCUGCGGAGCUGGAGGCUCCAGCGGUCAGCCCUCCAUCCGUCUGUCCGUCACCUCGACCACCGGCAGCCCGGUGGAGCUCAUUGUGCCCCGAGCAGAGACCGUGGAGGGUCUGAGGACACGAAUCUCCCACAAACUCAGACUGCAAACACACAGGAUCGCCCUCCUGCACAAAGACAGGCACCUGACUGCAGGGAAACUCCUGGAGCUGGGUGUAACAGAUGGCAGCAAGCUGACCCUGGUCCCAGUUAUUGAGGCUGGUUUAAUGUGCUCCACUGCCAGAGCCGAGAGGACUAUGAUGGACGUGCUGGAGAGCUUAACCGAAGUCCAGAUCAAUGACUUCUUGUCCGGGCGCUCGCCUCUGACCAUCAACCUUGGAAUCGGUGCCCACAUGAUGUACGUGCAGCUCCAGCUGUCUGCUCAGGACGUGAAGGAGCUGCAGCAGAACUUGGACUCAAAAGCUCGGAGCAGCAGCGAGCCUCAAACUGGCCUGCUGACGCCCUGCAGUGUGAACCACCCCGGCUCUGCCUCCACCGACACCACAGGAUCCACUACCUCAUCUGCUGCACAAACCCCCUCUACAGCCCAAUUUAGCCCUCAGAGACAAAGGACUUCCUUUAACUCGGCAGCACCCGCCACCCACUCACCCACUUAUGGCUACAGUCCCUCAUCUCAGCUUCAUUCCCAGUCUGCGCACACAUCUCCACGUGGUCUCUCGGCCUCGUCUUUGCCCUCUGGUUGUCCACAUCCCAGCUCUCCACUGGAAGCAACCACACCGGUCUGUUCAACUGGUCCCACCGGCUCCAGCCCGGGACCCCCGAGCCCAGCGCCGGGCUCGACCUUCACAGAGAGUAACACUGAUGCCUCAGCCCCUGCAGAGAUGUCAAAGCAGCCAGGGGCAGUCAUAGAAAGUUUCGUGAGCCACUCUCCAGGCGUCUUCUCUGGGACUUUUUCUGGCACCCUGGGACCCUGCAGUCAGAGCGGCAUCAGUCAUCCUCGUCGCGGCAUUUCAAUCAUCCUCCAGAUCCUCAAUGACCUCCUCAGAGCUGCCUAUCACCACCAGGGGGCUCCAACUGCUCCUCCUCCACGCCCCUGUCCUGCUUCGGACCCUCCAGCCAGCUCGCAGCCCACAGCAGAGGAGCCCGGCAGGGCCAGAAUCAGACCACCGCUGACCCAGAGGACGGAACACCUCGACAGAGCUCCAGGCAAUGAGAGUCGACUGUUGAACUCAUCCACAGAGGAGAAUCAAACGAUGCACUGUAAGCUCGAACACCUCCAGCUUUUGAUGCAUCAGAGGCGUCUCCGCAGACGGACUCGCAGGAGCUCACACCUCUCGCAGACCUCUCACCCGUAUCAGCACCGUCUCCAUCAUCCCUAAUCUUCUGGACAGAAAAGAUCCACUCACUGUGAUAGCGCCUGCGGCUCUCUGAGGGCGCCUCCACUGAUGACCGUAAAACAAGUCUCACGAAAACCACGGCUGACCUCUGAUCUUGUGAUGUUGGUGAAUCAACUGUGGAGCCGAGAAAGAGGGACAAGCUUUAAUAAUAUUUUUACAGUGUGGGCAUUUCAUAAAAACAUAAAGCCAAAGGAUCUGAGGAGUGAGAUCCCAGCAGCUGACUGUAUAUUUCUCAUGAUAUUUAACCUGAGUCUGUCCCUCGGUGGCGGCGACUCUUCUUGUUGCAGUAUGUAGCACAUGUCACAAAAAGCUCUAAUGUAUAUUUUCAUCUUCUACAUCUCAAUGUUUUGUCAAAGAGGUCUUUCUGUAUGUUAUUUCUAUGUAUUCCAAAGCCUUAACUGUACAUGUCUUGAAUGUAAACAUUGUGUUUUGUGUCGUUUUACAUAUGCAAUAUUAAAAUGUAAACACAAGGCAGGAACAAAUAUGCAAGAAAUAAAGGACAAAAAAAUGAAAAGUCUGGA